AUGUAUGGAAAUUAUUCCCACUUCAUGAAGUUUCCCACCGGCUUUGGGGGCUCUCCUGGUCACACUGGCUCCACAUCCAUGAACCCAUCAGUAGCCUUGCCCACGGGCAAGCCAAUGGACAGCCACCCCAGCUACACAGACACCCCAGUGAGUGCCCCCCGCACGCUGAGUGCGGUGGGAACCCCCCUCAAUGCUCUCGGCUCUCCGUACAGAGUCAUCACUUCGGCCAUGGGUCCCCCCUCAGGAGCACUGGCAGCUCCUCCGGGAAUCAACUUGGUGGCUCCACCCAGUUCUCAGCUAAAUGUGGUCAACAGUGUCAGCAGUUCCGAGGACAUCAAGCCCUUACCAGGUCUACCUGGGAUUGGAAAUAUGAAUUACCCAUCCACCAGCCCCGGGUCUCUGGUGAAGCACAUCUGUGCCAUCUGUGGGGACAGAUCCUCAGGAAAGCACUACGGUGUGUACAGUUGCGAAGGCUGCAAAGGCUUCUUCAAAAGAACCAUAAGAAAAGACCUCAUCUACACGUGCCGGGAUAACAAAGAUUGUCUCAUCGACAAGCGCCAGCGCAACCGCUGCCAGUACUGUCGCUACCAGAAGUGCCUGGUCAUGGGCAUGAAGCGGGAAGCUGUGCAAGAAGAAAGGCAGAGGAGCCGAGAGCGAGCCGAGAGCGAGGCAGAGUGUGCCAGUAGCGGCCACGAAGACAUGCCCGUGGAGAGGAUUCUAGAAGCUGAACUUGCUGUGGAACCAAAGACAGAAUCCUACGGUGACAUGAGCAUGGAGAACUCAACCAAUGACCCUGUUACCAAUAUAUGCCAUGCCGCUGACAAGCAGCUUUUCACCCUUGUCGAGUGGGCCAAACGCAUCCCCCACUUCUCCGACCUCUCCUUGGAGGACCAGGUCAUUCUGCUCCGGGCAGGCUGGAAUGAGUUGCUCAUCGCCUCCUUCUCCCACCGCUCGGUUUCUGUCCAGGAUGGCAUCCUGCUGGCCACAGGCCUCCACGUCCACCGGAGCAGUGCUCACAGUGCCGGCGUCGGCUCCAUCUUUGACAGAGUCCUCACAGAGUUGGUGUCCAAGAUGAAAGACAUGCAGAUGGAUAAGUCGGAGCUGGGGUGCCUGCGGGCCAUCGUGCUGUUUAACCCAGAUGCCAAGGGUUUGUCCAACCCUUCGGAGGUGGAGACUCUUCGAGAGAAGGUUUAUGCCACCCUCGAGGCCUAUACCAAGCAGAAGUACCCGGAACAGCCAGGCAGGUUUGCCAAGCUUCUGCUCCGCCUCCCGGCCUUGCGCUCCAUUGGCUUGAAAUGCCUGGAACACCUGUUCUUCUUCAAGCUCAUCGGGGACACGCCCAUCGACACCUUCCUCAUGGAGAUGCUGGAGACCCCACUGCAGAUCACCUGAACCUCCUCAGCUGCCGCUUCCCCAGCCAGGGCGGCCCCUGGGCUGGUGCGUGUGUGUAGCCCGACCCUGCACACUGUCCCCGUCUCCCACUCUGACGCCCCUUCCUGUCCCCAAAAUGUGAUGCUUGUAAUGAAGACGAUCUUUGUACACAUGAGACUUUUCUAGGUGGAGUUUUGUAUGGCUGUUAAAGGUGACCCUUCUUUGCUAUUUAAGGGGCUGAGGUCUUUCUCGGAAAAGUUCUUGGGAAGAGUAGCCAAGCCUC